AUGACUGAACUGCCGGAGUUAAUGGUGAACAGGAGCCGGAACUCUCUAGGGCUAGCUCCGUCAAACGCUGUCUCUCAGCGCGCCAAGACAGACGGAGAACAGUCUAUAACAAUCCAAAACACUUGUCUUGGAAAGAAUCGGUUAACUUUCUCCACACAGGCAGCGUCAACCAUUAUUAUGCCCUCUAUGGAAACUGAAAGCUCAAACACUUCACGCGCGGAAGAACUCAAAUUCCAAGCAAAUGAAGCCUUCCAAGCCCAUAAAUAUUCACUAGCCAUUGAUUUGUACACACAAGCGAUUGAAUUAAACUGUGAAAAUGCGGUAUACUGGGCAAAUCGUGCGUUUGCGCACACUAAAUUAGAGGAAUAUGGCAGUGCUAUACAGGAUGCAACAAAGGCUGUUGAAAUUGAUCCCAGAUAUUCAAAGGGUUAUUAUAGGCGGGGAGCGGCACAUUUGGCAAUGGGGAAGUUCAAGGAAGCACUCAAGGAUUUUCAACAGAAUAGAGGGAAUACUGAUGGCUUUAUUCAUCUUUUGUGGCAGAAUACACUAUUCAUUUAG